ACAAAAAAAUCGAUCUUUUCGUUGAUCGUAGUUGUGAGAUUGCGAGGUUAUGCCAGUGGGGCUUACGUAUUCGCUCUCAUAUCUCGUUUAGUUAACGAAAGAAUAAAAUCCUCUUUAUUUCAAGCAUCCGCUGAAACAGCUUUGGGUUACGAGUUUCUGCCUUGUACACAGAAAUAUACUAAAAAUGGCAGGCAAACGGUCUGCGGCAACAGAACUGAAUCACGAUAACUGGGACGAGGAGAAUGAACCGGAAGAGGCUGGUACAUUUACUAAAGCAUCGACUGAUGUACUUGAGAAAAGAGUUAUAAAAACAGGUAGACGUCGGUUACCAUCAAGGGAUGGUGCCAACAUGAAAAGUGCAUUCGGGACAUUUACAGGUUUCAAAACCUCCAAUUCUGUAAUGAAGUCAUCCCCAUUCAGUUUUUUAGCUAAUGUAAUUACCCCUUCCAGUACGACUACUUCCAUUGCCCCAACAACGAUUGUAAAUACUAACAACAAGAGCGUUGAGAGCGGCAGUGCUUCUAAAGCCGAGAAUGCAAGUAAAACCGAUAACGAUAACGCGAAAGCACAAACGCUAUCAGGCACGAGUGCGAGCAAGAAGGGUUUGAGCGAGCAAGGAAACGAGAAGACCAAGAGUCACUCGUCAGAAUAUUACGCGAAGCUGAAGGGAUUGAACGAGAGCGUGACGACGUGGAUAAAAACCCACGUGGACGCGAAUCCAUUCUGUAUAUUAACACCUAUAUUCAAGGAUUAUGAGAAGUACUUGAAAGAGAUUAAAGAAGAGAGUGCGAAGGUGCAAGCCUCGCACACCGCGGAACAGACGACGCAGGCUACGCCUGAUCGAAAAAACGACAGCAAGAAGGACGCGAGCGUGGAGAAGAAAUCGGAAGGUUCUUCCUUUGCCAGUUCAAAGGCGCUUACGAGCUGCAUUGACACGCGUCCACUGAUAGCCGCAGAAUGGAAACCCGAAAAGCAGAUGUUCCCCAAUCUUACUACUAGUGCCAAGUCCAUAUUUGGCAACACGGAACCGAAAACGGAAGCUCCUAAAUCCGUAUUCGGCAAUGCCGACGUGACUCCUGACAAGGGCAGGUCCAUUUUCGGAAACAUAGAGUCGAACGUUGCUCGUAAGAGUGUAUUCGGCAAUACAACCCCGGACAAGAACCCCUUCUUACGCAAACCCACAGUCCCGGACGGCGUGAAGACGGAAGAGGAGGAAACGAAACCCGAUGUGAAGCCUGUUGCGCCUACUUUCCCAGCUUCGACCUUCAGUUUCGGACAGAGUUCCACUACCAGCAACGCGACUGCUGGAUUUAGUUUCGGCAGCGCGAAACCAUUCUCGUUCGCGCCUCAAGCAGUGAAACCGCAAGAUUCCGAGGACAAAGCUGACAACGAAAAGGACGAGGAGGAUGAGGAACCACCGAAGCCAGAUUUUAAACCGAUUACUGAGGAAGGUGCGAUUUACGAGCAGAGGUGUAAAGUCUUCGUGAAGAAAGACGCCAGUUUUAGCGACAGGGGCGUCGGAACGUUGUAUCUAAAACCGACACCGAAUGGGAAAAUGCAAUUAAUAGUACGCGCGGACACUGCUCUGGGUAAUUUGUUGCUUAAUACUCUGUUGACUCCAAGCAUCCCGACCAAGCGCAUGAACAAGAACUCGAUCAUGUUGGUCUGUCUGCCAAUGCCGGAUUCCACACCGCCCCCGAUCCCAGUGCUGUUGAGAGUGAAAACCAGCCAGGGGGCAGACGACCUGUUUGAAACACUGAACGAACAUAAAAAGUAGACGCUUACACGAUAUCAAAUUAUGUAAAAUAUAACUCAGAAAACGUUAUUUCUGACAUUGUAUGCAAGGAGUGUCUCGUGUCAAUCCCUUGCAGAUCGAAGAUCUUUAAAGGUUUCUCCACGACAUUAAAAUUAAAUGAAUUCUAAUGCACACACAUAACUCUUCAUUCUUAAUCAGUAUAAAGAAUUUACACGUUGAAUUUUAUUUAUCAUUCCACAAACUGUAUAGUAUAUUAGAAAAAUACAGUAUACUCGGAUAUAAUGAAAUUCUGAUUGUAAUCUGGAGUAGAUACGGGCUUUCUAGAUUACUGGGAUGAAUACAUCUUUUUCAUCAUUGUUCGUUUGCAAGUGCACGAUAGUUAUCAUAUUAUUAUACUAAAUUUUAUUUGAUAGAAAAUUCAAUGUAAUUCAAUUUUUGGAAGAAAUAUCGCAACUCGUAUGUAUGGCUUUAUUUGGAACGAGAAUUGUUAUUGUAAUAAAUGGUGUAAUGAUAAUACAUUGAAAAUAUAUGUACAUAGUAGAAAUGCAUAGCGUAAAUUACGAAACAGGCGGUUUACGCUCGUGAUGGCUGUUAAAAUAUUCUGUACCAUUAUGUAUAAGUGCAAAAGAACUACAGAUUACAUGCAAUUGUCCGACACAC